AUGUCGGUAGAAUAUGGCAGCAUGGUAGAACUCCUUGGUGGGGAGUCCAGGCAUGAGGUGGUGAAUAAAGGAGCGAGGCUAGGAAAGCAACUGGUGGAGCUAGUUCAAGAUGAGGAGACAGGGUGGCACAUCUUGGCUAGCUUUUGGUCCGAGUUGAUCUUGUAUGUUGCUCCCUCUCAUAACAUCAAGGCGCAUAAGAAGGCACGUGCCAAUGGCAAUGCGGCCAAGGACAGCAAGAAGACCUGCAUCAUGACACGCCACCUGCUUCUCGCCACUCGCAACGACGAGGAGCUCUCCGACCUGCUUGACGGCAUCACCAUUGCCUGGAGUGGCGUGUUGCCCAACAUCCACUCUGUGUUGUUCUCCAAGAAGGCCAACAUGAGCUAG